AUGCCCGCACUCACUACUGUCGAGUUUCCUACUGGCAUCCGCCGCUGCCGCUCUCCCAUCGAGGGUGAUCCUCCAAAAGUGGCCAAAAAGCCCUACGACCGUCCAAUGCUCUACGACAAGACUCUGCCGCGCAGACGGUACCGCACACCGCUCAGCGCACGCAGAAUCACCGACGAAGAGCAACUCAAGGGCAACACCAGUGUCCCCGUGCGCGACAAAUCUCAGCAGUUUCGCCCAGAGGUCAACUGGCGUCGGUUUGCAAACUUUGACGCACGGCUAAAGGAGAACAACACGCUCCCCGCCCCCGAGGGAUGGGACGAUCGGUACAAUAUCCCCCUCCUCGAAGACCGCGUGGUGUUGGGUCGCGAGAUUGACCUUCCACGCCGCAUCCGCCAGGACAGAUAUAAAUCGAUCAAGGAGACGGCUGGCUUUGAUGCACGCGCCGUUCGUGAACAGCUUGCAGAACAUGCUGACGCUUGCUGGGACGCCCUCGACAAGUCGUCGUGGACCCGCAAGGAAUACACAAAGGCCCGCCAUGCCGAAGUAACGGUAAAGGGUGUGCCACUGGACACGACACCAAUGCCGACCCAUCUCGUCCAAGUCUGGAGCCAGACAGAGUCCGAGGGAAAGCACAACAUCAUCUCGCCCGUCCACAGCGCCUUUUUGCGCGCGUCUUGGUCUCGUCUCGGGGGGAUUCCAGAGUACGAGCCCAUGGACAUUUGCACGCCCGUGUUCACCGACGGCAAGGAGAUCAAGCCAGAGUGGGAGUUUGCCCGUGGCGAGCUUCCCUUUAUCCGCAUGAAGAUUGACAAUGUGGUUACCUUUGGCCAUCUCCUCGCAUACACCUAUUUCCGCAACGACAAGGCCCUCAUCCGCGCCCUCCUCGGUCCGCUCGCAGAAGACUUGACAAACUUUGUCGGUCAGGAAAUCGACUUUGAGCAGCGCCGUCGCGAGUGGGCCAUGUCCCUCAAGAUGGCUGCAAACUAUACCUAUCCAGUCCUCCGCGCCCACGCCUGGUUCAUCCGUGACCUCGCAGAGAAUGGAAACUGCGUCGGUAUGGAGGGCCGCAACUUUUGGUGGGUCCUCGACGCCUGCCUCCGCGUCGUCCUCGACGCCAUUGUCGCUCAGGAGCGCUUUGAGCCUGGUCCAGGCGAGCCCCAGCUCGAUUCUUCGUCCGAGGAAGAGUCAGAGGACGAGGAAAUGGACUCGUCGGACGACUGGGACUCGAGCUCGUCCUAUGGCUCAGAUUGCUCUGCAGAAUCGACAGAAUCAGACUACAUCUUCCACUAA